UAGACCGUCUUGUCUAGGGUGACUUCUUAAUUUUAAAUUUCCCAAAUGAAAGGACUAGUUUUUGUCUGUCUACGGACUGAAUGAAGUCUGAAUGUUCGCAAGUAAAGUUGGAUGUGUUGGAGGCUAAUCUAUUGUCAGACACAGCGUGUGAACUUUGGGGCUGAUAUUAAUUUUUCAUAAGCAAUGACAUCCAAAGCGGGAGACGCGUCAGAAGACGGAGACUUUGUGGCACUCAGAGAAAGUAGACAGGCACGAGUCCCCGAGACCCUCGAGAUACCAGCCAAGCUACUGAACGAAAUUCUAGAAAAUUCCAAGGAAGGCAACAGACCAACGUCAGCAUCCAAGCGGAUCCAAUCUGGCAUAGCAAGAAAACGUACACACAUCGGGAAAGAAGUUUUGUGGGCGGAGUUAACAGAUGCCAUCUCCAGUGGCGUGGCUGCCUUUAAGGCCGCGAUCACAAAAAUCUCCAUCAGCAACAAACUGUUCAGUAAAGCUUUGUUGGAUCCAGUCAACAGCCAAAAUAUUUUACAUUUGGCCGUGGAGCUAAAGAGCACUGACCUCGUUAACGCUGUCCUUGAGCACGCAGACGAGGACUUGAUACAGCAGGCGUUUGAAGUGGACGUCUCGAAUAUUGUUGGCAAGAAAAAUGUUUUGCAUCAAGUUGUCGAACAAAAUAAUAUGGGCCUUUUGAAAACUCUUUUGGGGAAAAUUUCAACGGUUCAAAAACGUUUGGCAUUGCUAAAUCAGGAAACACCAGUGGAGAUUAUAGGUCAAAGGCCAAGGACGUUCCCCUGUUUACACUUGGCAGCUUAUUACGGGUUCACUGAAAUAGUAGAUUAUAUUAUUGCACAAGGAGUUGAUGUGAAUCAUGUUAAUGCUAAAAACGACACGUCUUUGCUAUGGGCUUCACGUUGGGGGCACAGAGAGACGGUUCGAGCUUUGUUGAAACUAGGAGCUCUCCCGAGUGUGGAGAACGACAAAGGUUCUACGGCUUUGUACUGGGCGGUGCGCUACGGGCACACGGAAACUGUUGAUAUACUGGCCAGGGAAGGCCAUGCAAAUGUGAGCCAAACUAGAAAGCUUGGAUUAGUCGCUCCCAUUGUUUUGGCCUGCGCUUUAGGAUUUGUAGACAUAGUGCCGAUUUUGUUAGAGUUUAAGGCAGAUCCAAAUUUUGCCAUCAGAGGAGGGGAGAGGCCAAUACACCACGCAGGGAGAGAGGGAUUUUCUAAAAUAAUUGAGAUUCUUGUGGCCAGCGGUGCAGAAAUAGAUGCAGCAGAUGAGCGGGGUGAUACAGCCCUACUUUUAACUGCUAAACAUGGACAGCCUAAAGCCUUACAGACACUGCUGCAGUUGGGGGCGAAUGUCAACCAUAAGAACCUGAUGGAAGAAGAUGUUUGGACGUACGCUGUCAGCAACGACAACGACACCAUCUUAAAGUUACUGGUCAUACAUCAGCGAACACUGGAGCAAAAGGGACUGGUUGACAGUAACGACACCAUCUUAAAGUUACUGGUCAUACAUCAGCGAACACUGGAGCAAAAGGGACUGGUUGACAAUGACGUUGAUUUUGGCCGGAGAAAUUCUUUAUCUGGCGUCAAUUCUCUGCUCUACCUGGCAGCUACAGCUGGCAACACAGACAGGAUGAAAUUAUUGUUUGAGCUCAAGAUUGAUGCUAAUUCUGCAGAUGAAAAUGGGAAUAAUUUUUUGCAUUUUGCUGCCAUCAGCAAUAAGCCAGCUGUUAUUAAACAGUUUCAUCAAUUGGUAAACAUUGACAGCACAAACAACUACGGGAACACAGCCCUACAUGAAGCUUGUAUGAAAGGUCAUCACGAGGUCAUUAUGGAGCUCAUACAGUACAAAGCAAUGGCUAAUAUCAGAAAUUCUCAGGGUGAAACAGCCCUACAUGUUGCGGCCUACUCCAAACAUAUUCAGCCUCAAACUGUGUCAAAGCUUAUGGAUUACAUCAUCAAGACACAUCCCUGGGAGUGUCUCAACAUUUCUGACAAUCUUGGAAACAACCCAUUACACAUCGCGGCAAAAUUUGCUCGGCCAGAGGUUCUCUGGGAGUUUAGAUUUGUGCGCUUUAAGGACGCAGAUGUAGACGGCAACAUUGCUCUUCAUGAGGCUGUCAGACCAGGAGAGCCAGAAGUUCUGGACAUGAUGCUGGACAUUUAUGACGCCAUGAAGAGGGACUGUGACAUCAAUCACCAGAACAAAAAGAUGCAGACCUGCUUGCACUUAGCUGCCAGAGAAGGUUUUUUGGCAAGUGUCAAACGUCUGAUUUUGUUUGGUGCGGAUAUCUCAUUGGCUGACCACAAGGGGAACACAGUGCUACACAUACUGACCAGCCUGACCGUGACUGACCCACUACACAGCUCACGUUAUCUGGAGAUCAUUCAAGCUAUACUGGACAGGGCACCACAGUGGUACGGCGCAGUGAAGAACCUAAAGCUAGGAGACAACAAAGAGCUCCAGUCGUCCCUGUACAUCAAACGAAGAGCUAUCUUAACCCUGGUCACUGAGAGGCCCAACAAGGAGGAUCUGACUGUCCUGGACUUCGCCUGUAAGGUUGGGGCCAGUGAUGUCAUUCUCUUACUGGUCACCAUGGAGGACGUGCUGGUCUUUAAGGUUGGCAAAAAUCUGCGCUACGACAUCACUAACAUUACACCCAGGACAAAUGGGACGCUGGGCAGUAUGUGGAACCAAGGGUCAGUUUCUCCUAGACCUUCAUGUUUAGAGUGGCUCCUGGCCACUGGUUCUGACUUGCCAGAAAAUGCUGCUAAGGUUCUUGACCUUCAGCCCUUCAGUGACAUAGAGACAGCCUACAGCUCAGUAGCUGCCUGGGCCUAUGCUAUAGUGAUGAUCGUCCACAUUAUCUACAUGAGUAUCUUCAGCUGGUCAGGACUGACCCUCCUGUACAACAGCAGGACUAGCCCCGGAGAGAGGACCAACGACGGCCCCACACUGGUGACCUACAUCAUUGUGCCACUAGAACCUGCCUUCUUCGUCUUCUACAACGCAUAUCAUAUGGUCAAGUUGUGUUGUAUGGGGGAGUUGUCUGUUAGGUCAAAGUUGUCCCAGAAAGGAGUCUUGACCAUACUGACCACAUUUUUGUCUUUAAUUGUUGGCCUCAUAUACUCCAUAUUUGUCAUCAUAUGGAUUGUAACGUAUGCCGUGGACUAUGCCUACAUGGAUUAUUUCCUGGCCAUAGCACUGUGUAUAGGUUGGAUGUACACCAUAGCUUUCACCAGAGGAUUUAAAGUUAUCAACUACUUUUGGCGAAUGAUUCAAAUCAUGAUUAUCAGAGAUGUGUUCAAAUUUUUGUUUAUCUACCUCUUUGUUCUGCUGGCUUUCUCAUUUGCCUUCCAUGCCCUCUUUCAAGUUUCAGCCAACAUCGCUGUCCUGUAUCCCAACCCAAUCUACACUGUCUUCAUCAUGUUCAACAUGCUCAUUGGGAUGGAUUACAUUUUUGAGACUGAUGAUGUUGAGAAUGGUUUCACUAGUGUUAACAGAAGUUCAUUGUUUCUCAAGAUACUGUAUGUUAUCUACAUGAUCUUGGCCACCAUUGUUUUACUGAAUCUGCUGAUUGCCAUGAUGAAUGACUCCUACCAAGAAAUCCUUAGGAAACAACGUCAGGCCUGGAGAAUUGAGUCUGUCCAACUUGGUGUUGAUGUUGAGAAAAGUUUACCUUUGACCUUUCCCAUGUUUAGUAAGGUCAAGGUUGUUAAAGGCUACAUCUGUCCCUCUGACAAGGAGAAUGACAUUCAGCGCUGGUACAUUGAGGUACCCAAGGUGAAGUCAGUGACCGAGGCAGACGUGACGCAGGUGGAGGGGGAGAAGGAAGCCCUGGAGGAGCUUAAGUCCAAGAUGGCGUCCACAGACACCAAGAUGAUGGAGCAGUACUUGAGCUUGAAAGCCAAUGUUGAUGAUAUUUUUAACAUGUUAAAAAAUAUGGAACAAACUUUAGGAAACAAACCAAAAACUUCUUAAUAUUUAUAGAUUUUUUAAAUUUUUGAACAAAUUUCAGGAAACAAAUACUCUUUCAUCUUUGCAUGUGAGAUAUUUUAAAUGGCAGAGUACAUUGAAUAAAUCUUUGUUAAUUAAACCUAAAAAUUAAAAAACUAAAAUUCCUGGGGGAAAAAUGAUGCAUUAUAAAAACUUAUUAAAAGGGAAAAUAUUGUAAAAAUAAUUCCUUAGCUGUAAUAAUGAUGAAAGUUACUUUUGAAAUGUACCUGAUACAACUUUUCAUGUCACUAAUGUUUUAACUGUUGAAUCUUGUUGAUAAGCCUUGUUGAAAAUCUGAUAAUUCAAUGUUGUUGAUAUUUACCAAACUGCUGUUUCCCCUGUUGUUUAUGAAGAUGUUGACUCCACACUGUAAAGUACUGCUGAAUAGGAAGUUUGUGUUUUAUGUUGUAUACAACUAC